AUGGCCACCAUCUAUUCGACGACAGCGAAUGUUCGCAAGGAUGAUGCCUAUUUGGUCAUGAACGCCAGUUUGCAUGCGCCCAACACGAUCAGCAGCAUUGACAAGAAAGCACACGCGUUCAAGAAAAGGAUAUUGGCCCAGGUUUUCACAAACUCUGCCUUAAAGGGAGUUCAAGAUCGAAUUUUGUCCCACGCGAUCAAAUUUUGCGAUAUGCUUCUUGGUGAUAGUAACACUUCGGAUCCCAAUCCAAGCAACAGUUCCAUGGGUCAGAAGAGCAGUUGGGGACCGGUCAGAAACCUUGCGACUCUUUCUGACUAUCUCGCAUUCGAUAUCAUCAGUGAUCUAUGCUAUGGCAAGAGUUUUGACAUGCUCCAAUCAGACAAGUUUCGUUCCUUCACCAAGAUAACCACCACGCUGAGCCGCCGAAAUGCAGUAGUAGGUUCUCAUAUGAUCAACGGCUCUUUGUAUUGGACUAACAUGAUUCCGCAGUGCUUUGUUCAGCCAAAGCUGUGGCGGUAUAAGCUUGACCGCAUCUUCUUCGCGAGUCUCCUCUCUCCGAUCAAGAGCUUCGGGCUUUGGAUCAGACAGCAGGCAAAGACUCGCACCAAAUUAGGGAACAGCGUUUCUCAGAAAGACUGUUUUCACUACAUGCUCAAUGCCAAAGAUCCCAAGACAGGUCAGCCCUUUACUGAGAAGGAACUGUGGACAGAGUCCUUGCAGUUGAUUGUGGCAGGAUCCGACACCGUUGCGGUCGCUAUUAGUGCCACCAUCUUCCAUCUGAUCCACAACCAUCAAGCGUUGAAAACACUCACCGAAGAGAUCCGCUCUUGCUUUGAGAGGGAGGAAGACAUCUGCAUCGGAGCUCAACUCAACUCAUGCACCUUCCUGCGUGCAUGCAUAGCCGAGUCUCUACGCCUGUCUCCCCCAUUUGCAGGCAUGCCCACACGGCGUGUGUUAGCUGGCGGUAUCAAUGUGGAUGGUCACCAAAUACCCGAGGGAACCAUUGUUGGUACCCCCAUCUACACAAUACACCACGACAAACGGUAUUAUCCUCGGCCAUUCAAAUUCGAGCCUGAGAGGUGGCAAGAGGGAGAGAACUGUGGUGAAAGUUCAACUAGCGAGCAACCGAGUAUGAAGCUGGCACAAGCUGCAUUCUGCCCAUUCAGUAUCGGACCCAGAACAUGUGUUGCCAAGAAUAUGGCCUGGGCGGAGCUGUCUUUGGUCAUCGCGCGCAUAUUAUUCAGAUAUGACAUGCGUCUUUCGGAAGAACAUGUCUUAAACAAGCCCGAGCGUGGCGUUUCCGAUGAUCGUGGUGAAAGGAGUCCGGAGCGUGGAUAG